AUGGAGGAAAGUGAAAACUUGCAGGAAGGCUGCUGGUUCUGCCGCUACUGCAGCUCGGACUGCUCCUACAUGCAGGCGGUCCUGGACUUCAUCCGGGACUCGGCGCUGCUCAUGUCGGAGGAGGAGAUCGUCGCGCAGGUGCACGAGAACCUCCUCGCCCAGUGGCCGGACUGCGGCAUGACCCGGGAGGGCGUCAAGUUGCACAUCCACUCCCACAUGGUCUGCCCCAACAUGGUGGCGGCCAGGAGCAUCAGGGAGAUGUCCAGGAUCGCCGCCGAGGUCAGGGAGUGCGUCGUUUCCGUCGAUCAGGAGACCGGCCACCGCUGCGUCGACGAAAAGAUGGCCAAGCUCUACCUCUCCUUCAUGGGCAGCAUCAACGGUGUCUUGAAAGGGGAUGGGAAGCGCGGGGUUAUGGACACCGGGAAGAAGAAGACGGGAUAA